AUGCCGGAUUCGAAACCGAAGCCCCAUGUGGUUGCACUCGUCCAGGAACUCUACAGCGAUUUCUUGAAGCCCAGCUACAUCAACGACCGCUUUGCCAGCCUUCGCAAGCGCAAGGGAACGAACAAGGGUGUGAUGUUUUCCUUCCUGGAUGUUACGAAGACAGUUACGGCAUCGCCGAACUUUGAGUUUAUCCUGGCAUUUGUCACGACCUUCCCGACCACCAAUCCCACCAAGAAGGAGGCUGCUCUCGAUUGGGCGAAUACCGAACAUCGUCUACAUCCUGGUGUGGAGCAGGUGCAUGGCUCGACACAGAAGCAGAGCUGCAAAGAUCUUUCGCAUCAUGGACAAAGGGGCGGCAAGUCCGAAAAACGAAAGCGCAUGAUGAUCAUCAAGCAGGCCAUCCGAGAAGCUAAGAAGGCGAUACAAGACGAAAAGAAAUCGACGAGCAACACAGCGGAGGAGGCCCCGAAGGCGCACAUCGAAGAGGACCAGCCAGAUGAAAUGAAUGAGGCUGAAGCUGAAGCAGGGGAGCAAAAUGAAGAGGAACUACUAGAGGAGGAUCCAGUCGUGGACGACGAACAGCUGGCGAGUGAUGAAGAUGCUGCCAAGGGUACUUUCAAGGACGAGAAAGCAUUGAGGACGAAGGCGCCGAAGCUCCCGGAAGCGGUGCAGGAGACGGCGGACAAGUUGCUGAAGGAGAGCGAGAUGGAGGUCCAAAAGAUGACAAGACAGGCCAUGCGAGCAGAGCCAGAAGUGAAGGAGAAUCCGGAGGCAGCACCAAAGGCAAAAGCAAAGAAGAGGAAAGCGCAGCAGGAUGCAGAAUAUGAGGAAGCCGCAGGAGCAAAGAACGACCAGUUGCCAGGGAAAGGUGAAAGCUACGAGGAAUCAAGAGUUGCCACGAUUCAAAAGCUUGAAGAAAUCGCGAAGUCCGAUGAGCGGAUGCAGAUCGAGUCAGAUUUCAAGGAAAGCAAAAGAAGGCUUCAUUUGUGCGAUUACAUCGCUCAGAAUGUGGAGGGUCCCAAUGCAGAGAGGGCCUGGAACCUGGAUUUGUAUUGUCUGGACCUUUUCGCUGGGACACGAGCCAUCGACCUUGGGUUCUCGGGGGCUCAAGUCGUGUGGGGCUUACAGCUGUUGGCACCUGCUGGGCAUGUGUGGAACUUUCGUUAUGAUCUCGUCCUGGCCAGGGACUAUUUCGACAUUGCACAACGGUCCGGCUUUAUGCGGGCCACAUUGAAGGUCCUCAGAUUGAGGGAGGCCUCGAAUGUUGGAAAGAUCGGCAAGGACGUUCGGACUUUGAGUUUGGUGAAAAAACAGAUGAAAGAAACGCCUGAUUGGGCCCGGGCAUGUCUGAGGAAUGUUGAAAUGUUCCUGGAGCAGGAGGACCGAACAAAGCUUGCAAAGGAGGCACAAGAACAACUGCAGCAGGAGCAAGACAAUAAGAAGGACCCGGAACCCGAGACGACAGAAGGUGCUACAAGCAAAACCAAGAAGGCCUUGCCAGCAGUCAAGGUAAAGGCCAAAGCAAAGGCGAAAGCAAAGGCCAAAGCAGUCCCAAAAGCCAAAGCAGCCCCGACCAAGACAGCCCCGGCAACAACCCCGAAAGCAAAGGCGAAAUCGAAAGCCAAGUUGACGAAGCCUGCCUCUCCGAGCCCCGAUGUUCGGGAUCCCACUGCCCGUGCUUCCACCGAUCCUCCCGCAGGCAAGCCAAGCAAACCGGAGCACACAGAGGAGACGCAGCCGGACAACAGCAACAAGAAGAACUCUGUAAAUGCAAACGACAAAGCGGCCGCAGCAAAGCCCACAAAGAUGCUGAAGCGAAAGAAAGGAUUGAAGAAGCGAUGCAAAGGAGCCGAAGCCAAGAAGAUGGCAACCAGCAGAAAGCGCAAAGCCCACAAGCUCUACAUGAGCAAGCAUACACCGGGUGAGAUCAAGAAGACUUUCGAGAGGUUCAAGUAUUGCCAUCAGCUCAGGAAAAUGGAAAAAUGGCAUCAUCUACAAGACGGUGACAUCGAAAAGGAAGAAUUCUUCUUUGGGAUGCCGAAAAUGGCUCACUCGUCUGCAAUUGCUUCAGCAUUUCGACAACGAUGCUGA